ACGCCGAAGAAGGCGGAAGCGGAAGCUGCACGUGGAGCCGGCGAGUAGCUGUCGCAGUUUCUGGAAACUUCUGCCUAUUGUUAUAUUUAAACCCUUGGACGGGAGGCAGAGAUUUCCCCGGGGUGGUGGCUGUGGUUGAACAGGGCUGGUCCCUUGUCGUGUGAGUCGGGAGACGCCUCGACGUCCCCCAUCAUACCUCCUUGUUCCGCCUCGGGCCAGGUGGAAUUCUAAGACAGCCAGUCCUUUAGCCCGGGAGUGGACGGUACAGGAGCCCCAUCAUGGCUGUGGUGGGUUUUGACCUGGGCUCGCAGAACUGCUACAUCGCAGUGGCUAGAGCUGGAGGUAUAGAGACGGUGGCCAACGAAUUCAGCGACCGAUGUACUCCGUCAGUGGUGUCAUUUGGGUCGAAAAACAGAGCAAUUGGCGUGUCUGCUAAAAAUCAGCUCAUUACACAUGCCGACAACACACUAUUUAACUUCAAGAGGUUCCAUGGUCGUACUUUUAACGAUCCUUUUAUUCAGAAAGAGAAAGAGCAUUUGAGCUACUGUGUAGUUCCAAUGAAGAAUGGAAGUGUUGGAAUAAAGGUAAUGUAUAUGGACGAAGAACAUUUAUUUAGUGUGGAACAGAUAACUGCUAUGCUGCUGACAAAACUGAAGGAGACUGCUGAGAAUAACCUCAAAAAGCCUGUAACAGAUUGUGUUAUUUCAGUUCCAUCAUUUUUCACUGAUGCUGAAAGGAGGUCUGUGCUGGAUGCUGCUCAGGUUGUUGGAUUAAAUUGUCUCCGACUAUUGAAUGAUAUGACAGCAGUGGCUCUGAACUAUGGGAUAUACAAGCAGGACCUUCCAGCUCCUGAAGAGAAACCCCGAAUAGUGGUGUUUGUAGAUAUGGGCCAUUCUGCAUUUCAAGUAUCUGCCUGUGCUUUUAACAAGGGUAAACUAAAGGUUCUUGGUACAGCUUUUGACCCCUUUCUAGGAGGAAGAAACUUCGAUGAAAAACUUGUGGAUUACUUCAGUACCGAAAUAAAAGCCAAGUACAAGCUGGACCCAAAAUCAAAAAUACGAGCCCUUCUUCGUUUAUAUCAGGAAUGUGAGAAGCUGAAAAAACUAAUGAGCUCAAACAGCACAGAGAUUCCACUUAAUAUUGAAUGUUUUAUGAAUGAUACAGACGUGUCUGGAAAGAUGAAUAGAUUGCAGUUGGAAGAACUCUGUGCUGAUCUUCUGCAAAGAAUAGAAAAUCCCCUGCGUUCUUUGAUGGAACAAAUCCAACUCAAAGUGGAAGAUGUACAUGCUGUUGAGAUUGUAGGAGGAGCCACACGCAUACCAGCUGUAAAAGAGAAGAUUGGGAAGUUCUUCAGCAAAGAUGUCAGCACAACACUAAAUGCAGAUGAAGCUGUUGCAAGAGGCUGUGCUUUGCAGUGUGCUAUUCUCUCUCCAGCUUUUAAAGUUAGGGAAUUCUCCAUCACAGAUGCAGUUCCCUUCCCAAUAUCGUUGCAAUGGAAUACAGAGUCUGAUGAUGCUGAAGGAAUUCAUGAAGUAUUCAGCAGGCACCAUGCGGCACCUUUCUCCAAAGUCUUGACUUUCUACAGAAAAGGCCCAUUUGAACUGCAGGCCUUCUAUUCUGACCCUGGUGGUGUUCCCUACCCUGAGAAAAAGAUUGGCAAAUACAUUAUCCAAAAUAUUGCAGCUCAGAAUGAUGGAGAGAAAACUAAAGUUAAAGUCAAGGUUCGCAUCAAUACUCACGGCAUUUUUAGCGUCUCUACUGCAUCUAUGGUGGAACAGAUGAAAGCAGAAGAGAAUGAAAAUUCCAGUGUUGAGGCUGAAGCAGACAGUCAGAACCAGAAACCUUCUGAGAACUCAGAUGAUAAAAAUAUCCAACAAGGCAGCAUUGAGGCUCGAGCCCAGUCCCAGGUACAAACAGACGGUCAGCAAAUCUCACAGUCUCCCUCUUCUCCUGAGCCUCCCUCUGAAGAAAACAGAAUCCCAGAUGCUGAAAAAGUGAAUGAAAAGAAAAGUGAUCAGCCUCCAGAAGCUAAAAAGCCCAAGAUAAAAGUGAAGAAUGUUGAGUUGCCCAUUGAAGCUAACUUGGUCUGGCAGCUUGGAAAAGACCUGCUCAACAUGUACAUUGAAACAGAGGGCAAGAUGAUCAUGCAAGACAAACUUGAGAAGGAAAGAAAUGAUGCCAAGAAUGCAGUUGAAGAAUAUGUUUAUGAUUUUAGAGACAAAUUAUCUGGAGCUUAUGAGAAAUUUGUGUGUGAGCAGGAUCUCCACCGUUUCAUCACACUACUGUCUCAGACAGAAGACUGGCUGUAUGAGGAGGGAGAAGACCAGCCUAAACAGGUCUAUGUGGACAAACUGGCUGACUUAAAGAAAUUUGGGACUCCCAUUGAAAUCCGAUAUCAAGAAGCCGAAGAACGGCCAAAGCUGUUGGAUGAACUAGGGUGCAAGGCUCAAAACUAUGCCAGGAUUACAGAGGAAUACAGGAACAAGGAUGAGAAGUACAUCCAUAUUGAUGAAACUGAAAUGAACAAAGUAGAGAAGUGCGUAAGUGACACAAUGGAAUGGAUAAGCAAUGUCCUGAAUGCCCAAGCAAAAUUGGCUCUUGAUCAGGAUCCUAUAGUCUCUGUAAAAGAAAUCAAAGGGAAACUGAGGGAGCUACACGGUGUGUGUGAGCCCAUUGUCACUCAGUCAAAACCAAAAGUAGACUCUCCUAAACGAGAAGAGCCACCGGAUGCACCUUGUAUUAAUAAAGACGACGACUUGGAAGAAGACAUUAAAAACGUAGAGACAGCACAACAAAAUGGUGAAUGUCACAUGAAUGAGAGCCCAGUUAACAUGGACUUGGAUUAGACCAUUACAUUUCAAUGAGCAGUUUCAUCAUGGAAACAAGCUGUUGGCUGUAUUAUGUGAUAGGAGGAAAGGCAGUGUUAGGGGAGCUAUUUAUAUUUUGUUUAAAACACUCUGGAGUUCUGUUGUAUUAUGUGGGGAAUGAAUAUAUUGAAAAGGUAGACAUUGCAAUCAUGGUAAUCCUAAAAGGAAAAUUGCCUUGGUAACUUUCAAAUUCCUGUGGAAUUGUGAACACUUACUAAAUCUUCUGUGCGGGAAUUUAACCUUUUGUAUCAAUUAAGGAUAUAUCAAGGAAUUGUUGCAAAAGGUACUGCUCCUUUAAAAGGGUUGCAACAAGAGCUUUUAUAGAUGCCAAGGUAGAUUUUCCUUUCUCCUCCAUUUUUGGCAUGUCUCUUCAUUUGACAAAGACAUUUCAGAAACCUACAUGAAAACCAAUUUUUUUCAAAAUGAUGAAUGAUGUUCUUUGUAUCAUUGUCCAAAAUGUUUGCUAGAAGAAAGGUUGAGAAGAGAUAUGUGAAGCAGCAUGCAGAAUUGCUUAAAUUUAGUCCUCUUGCUCAACAAGUACACUUUCAUGUGUAGAAAAUGGAACGAAGGUAAUGCUGUUCUGAUGUAAGUUCUUGUGAUGCCUUUAGUGAGCUUUAAUAAAGUUCAUUGAAAUGGUA